ACCGCCAUGUUCAGUAUAUUCGCAGCGGCUCCGGAGUUGAUACUGUAACUGUUUCAAUCGAAGAUUGAAUAAUUGUAAUAUAUCUGUGUUGGCUGAUAUAGUAAACCGACCCUUGCGUGUACAUAUGCCUACCAACGACAGAAUACACUGGUGAUUCAUUUCUGGCAAAAAAACAGUGAGGGACGGCGGAGAACGCAAGUGAGCAAGUGACGCAGCGCAAGUCAUUGAUCCCUAUGCGUUCCCCGACGCCCGACGCCAUGUCGGAGCUCGCAGCCGCGCGCGGCCCGCUGUUCCCGCCACUCGUUGUCGCGAUUUAUAUUGCCUGCAUCGCCGGCGCCGCGGCGCUCGCCAACUGCGCUCUCCUGGCUGCCCUACUCAAGCGAUCAAGAAACGGGUUGUCCUCAAUCAUCAUUCAGCUAGCAGUCGCAGACAUCAUUCUAAUAGGAACCUCCAUCGGGCCCGAAAUAUGGUCUUACAACGCAAGAACAUGGAUCUUCGGAAGAAACUGCUGCAUAGCAUACCGUGGACUCUGUAUAUUCGCGUCGACGGCAUCUCUGUACUUAAUCGCUACAGUUGCACUGCAUACUCUAGCCACCGCUAAAUUGGAGGAAAAAGCGGGAACACUCAAUAAUAAACGAAGCGAGCGCGACGAUGACGACGAAAUGAGAUCUUCACGACACAGUCUUGUCGCUAGCAGUGAUACUUCUACGCCUCUGCGUACGAUGAAUGUAGAUUAUCGUCUCGCAGACACGAGGGUGCCAGUAGCUCCACCAACUGCAUUCGUAUGGGUGCUGUCUGCAUCCUUAAGUAUACCAGAAUUUACAUUGGCUACUACAGUCCGUCAUGAUCAAGACUUCAUCGCCUGUACUUUAGUCGAUACUAGUCAUAGAGUUAACAUGCAUUCCAUGGUCGCUUUUUUCAAUUUUUUUCUGCCAGCUCUGAUACUAAUCAGUGCCUGUGUUCUUAUAUUAUGUAAAUUCAAAUCAAAGAAGACAGUAAAAUUAGAGGGAAGCGAUACUAUUCCAGCAUUGAAAUUAUCCUUAUGGUUGAUUUUAGUGUACGGUAUUUUUUGCAUUCCACGUUCGCUUUUUUACGUUUAUGGGUUAUAUUCGGCAGACACUAAAAGCGAUUCGGAAUACGCGAGUGAUAAUUCUCUAUUAAUAAAAUUAAUAUUGAGUGCUAUGUUCCUCGCAGCGACCUUACUGCGUCCUAUAUUGUGCAUAAGUCUACUACCAGGAUUACUGAAAAUGUUUUCAUUUGGAUUUAGAAACAUCGAUGAAGUGUAAAAGAAAUAUUUUAUGUAUGAAAGGAAAAACCAAAAAGCUUUAAGUAUGUAAUAAAGAUCUCGUGGUUUAAUUUGUAAAAAGUAAAAAUUUCGGCAUUAAUUUUAAACUAAGUAUGUAGUAGGUAGGUACUAGAAUAAAAUAAUUAUAUUAGUAGCUAAGUUUUUCAAAAACCUUAAUAAUGAUUAUGGGAAAAUAAACUAUGUACGUAUAUUUAGUAUUUUUUAAAGUUUAGUAUUGAACAAGCACGAACCUAUACACCUAUGCUAUACCUAAACUAAGUAAUACAUAUUAUCCUGACUUUCAUAUCGUCAUUGAAGCACAACCCAUGGCGAAAAGCCACCCGCAUUAUGUGGUUCUCACAAGGAUCAAUAAGCCCAUGACCGCAAACUAGCAGUCUGAAAAGAAAGACCAAACAUAUUUUUCCAGCUUUACGUUAGGAUAUAAAAAAUAUGCAUAUUACGAAACCCAACUUUCUCUAGAAUUUGUAUAACAAUUUUGGCUGAGCGUAAAAUCUAAAUGCAAUAACUGAAAAUAAUAAUAAAUAUAAUUUGUGUCACGUGAUACGCGUGACAAUUUUAGGUUUUUGGAAUAAGGUGAAAACUACGUCGUAGUAUUACAUAGUUUAGAUAAACAUCUUUUUGGGGUUAAUAGGUGGCGGUUUAUUUAAAUAUUGGUUCUAAAACUAAAAAUUGUAUUUAAUACAAAAGUUUAUUGGUGAAAACAUGAAAAAUAUAAUAGAUUAAUGGCUGAUAAAAUGCAGCAGAAAUGUUACAAUAUUCGUCCAUCACAAAACUAUUUUGCUAAUAAAUGCCUGAAACGUUCAGAAUGCUAUCAAUUAAUCGGUGAUGGGCACAACAAAAUGGUUAAUGUCAACAAUAACAUUUGCUUUGGUAUUACAUUUACGUCGAGGACAUCACAAAAACCACAUAAAAGACACUAACAAGUUUUUUGUGCCCUAAUUUGAAUACAGCCAUUACAUGUUUGCAGGUUAA